AUGAUUUUUAAUAUUAAUCGUCAAUCAAUUUUUGACCAAUUUGCCGUUUACGGUGAAAAUGUGACUGUUAAUCUUGGUUCAACUUCGAGACCAAAUUUUGUGCUUGAUAAAUUGUUCAUCUCAAUUCCUAAGGGUUGUAUCUAUGGACUGAUUGGUCCAUCAGGUUGUGGGAAGACCACUUUACAACGGACGAUAAUUGGCCUACAAAGACCAGAUUAUGGUUCGUUGAAAGUGUUUAAUCAAACUCCCAAUUCCAGAGGAUCAAAUGUUCCUGGUCCAUUAAUUGGUUAUAUGCCUCAAGAAAUUGCUCUCGAUGAUGAAUUAACUGUCAGUGAACAAUUAACUUUCUUGGGUCGAUUAGCUGGACUACCAAUUGAAACAAUUAACUCUCAGUGUUGUGAAAUAUUAUCCAUCAUGUCGAUUGAUGAUCCAUCGAAAAGGUCAACACAAUUUUCAAUUGGACAACGAAGGAGAAUCUCAUUGGCCUGUUCGUUGAUUCAUUCACCUGAAUUGUUACUUCUUGAUGAACCAACCGUCGGCUCGGACAUUGUCCUUGUCCAUAAAAUAUGGACUUAUUUGCGACAAUUAAAUGAAACUCUCGCGACAACAAUUGUGAUUACAACUCAUUAUCUUGAAGAGGUAACUAAAACUGAUCAUUUCGGUUUCAUGGCAAACGGUCAGAUUAAGUUCCAGGGUGAACCAAAAGAGUUCAUGAGGUCAGUUGGUGCGAUCACUUUUGAAGAAGCGAUUCUGAUUAAAUAUAAUUUACGAAAGAAAGAGUAUCAAAAAGAUGAGAAAAUCAGUGAAAUUGAUUACUAUCAAGUCGAACAACAGUCAGAAAAAUCUUCAUCAGUUUCGUCAUCACCGUUCACAGUCCCAUCGAUUUCCGUUUCAUCGUCAACUUCAUCGGAGCCAAAAGUGAACUUGACCAAUAAUAGUUUACAAUUAGCUCUUCUAUUGAUGUGGCGAUAUUUACUCCGUUGGAAAGUGACCUUACUUGUACCUUUUAUCAUACUAGUUACAUCGGUAAUAUUUGUCGGCUAUUUUAUGACCAAUUUCAUCGGCCGCCCAAUGGUUGACCUUACAUUGGCCUACGUUAACUUGGCCAAUUCAUCGGAAUACAUUUCCAAGUUAACUGAUCAUUUGACUGCUCAUGAUAUUCAUUUAGUUAAUGUUUCCGAUGAGAUUAUCGGACGGAAAAUGGUUGAAAGUGGCCAAGCUUCCGCCUAUUUUAUUGUCCCACAAGAGUUUGACCUUGGACUUGAAACUCGAGUCACUUCUGCUCUCAGCUCAACAACCGAUGAAGCUCUGCAACUGGCCGGGCGAAUCACAAUGUACCAAGAUAACUCACAUGCGAUCAUUUCGUCAACAGUAGUAAAAAAGAUCUACGAAGCUUUAAAUGAUAUUAUGAAUUCUAUAGUCAAAUCGAAAGGACUAAUCGGUAAUCGACUCGAGUUUAUCAAAAUUCAAGGAGUAAUCAACCGAACCGAUGACCCAGAACUGUUCGUUUCCAUGCCCUUGUUUCUGAUUCGUUUAGUGACCCUUUUUGUUGAAACUUACCCGAUGUUAUUAACAACCUAUUGGAUAACCAAGGAAACGCACGAACCCAUGAACGAGCGACUGGCCUCUCUGGGUAUACGACGAUACCACCUACGAACCACCGCUCUAACUUUGGCCACUUUAAUCGUAGUUCCCGCUUACUAUUUGGUGUAUGCAAUUUUCAUCCCCAUUUUCAAUAUUCCAUACAAAGGUCAUUUAAUAUCAAUUCUGCCGAUGAUAUUUGGCUGUGUCGUUUGUGGCCUUUGUAAGGGAAUCCUAUUGGGGUCGCUAAUCAAAUCCGAUGUGACCUGUUUCAUAAUCAACUUGUUUUACUCUGCGACAACUUAUGCCUAUGGUUGCAUCUCUUGGCCUUACGAAUCGGUCGUUUAUUUCAUUCAGCCAUUGACCUACUUAACUCCUUGUUUCAUUCCGUCUGAGGCCAUAAUCAGAAUCAUCAUGUAUGCAGAUGACAUCUCUCAUCCAAUCGUUUUCACAGGCUAUUCAUAUAUAACCAUCAUGGUUUUCAUUCAUAUCAUUCUGGUCUUGAUGGUAAAUCGUUGAAUUUAUAAUCACAAUAAUUGUUAUUCAAUGUUAAAUAUCAAGAUUAUUAAUGUUAAUAACUUUAACUUUCUUGCACAAAGAAAAUCAAUUUAAUCUGAUCAGGAAAAACUUUUUUUUCCUUCUAAUUAUAUGUUAUCCUUAAUUCAAAAAUCCUUGAGUUUUAUUAUUAUCAAAAUCGGUUUCAUUUA